UCAGAGCCCACGAACUAGUCCUGUAUAUCUGACGUCAUCACAGAACAACCCCUUCACUGACAAGUUCAAUAAGACAAACCGAUCUCUGGUUCAAUGUCCAUCUGAGCCGUUUGAAAAGUGAAGAUGUACUUUAAAGAAGUGUUAAUGAAUGCGUUCACAGAGAAUAAGAAAGCCCUGCUGUUGGCUGGGGGUGCUGGUCUUACUGUUGUCGGACUGGGACUUGGCUAUAAGUAUUUUCUCAAACCGGAGAAAGUUGUCCGUGUGGGAGUUGUGUCACAGCUGCUCAUUCACCCAUUGAAAUCGGGGAAAGCCGUGUCCGUGGCCCUUGCAGAAUGUCAACAGAUUGGUUUGAAGUACGGUGAGCUACAAGAUCGGCACUGGCUGGUGAUCACUGAGGAUGGUCAUUUCGACGGCAGACAGGAGCCUCGCCUUGCGGUGUCUCUGACCAGCGAGGGGGGGCAGACGUGUCUGAACGGACCAGACAUGGAGGAGCUCAGGUUCCCCCUACUGCAGCCCGACAACCCUGUCAUCGACUGCAGAGUGUUUAGCACUGACAUCCAGGGCAGGGACUGUGGAGACGAGGCGUCUAGCUGGCUGACCCGUUACCUGGGGGCAGGUAAAACCUAUCGCCUGGUGCACUUUGAACCCCACAUGACACACAGGAGAUCAGCGGACUGCGAGUCUCUCUUUCCUCGCAAUGAAAAGAUAGUGUACCCUGACCUUGGCCCUGUCAUGUUGUUGUCUAGAUAGUGUACCCUGACCUUG